AUGGAUAUUAUUGAACCCGAUGUUUAUGCCAAACAAAAAAGUAAUGCCCAACUAAUAGCAAUGCAAUCAAUUGAUAGUCUAAUCGAUGCUAACUAUAGAUCAUACGAUCAGAUUGUGGACAUCGGUUGCGGUGACGGCGAUAUAACCAAACAAUUACUGGGCAAACAUAUCCCGCAUAAACAUAUACUGGCCAUCGAUGUACUGCCCGAUAUGAUAAGCUAUGCCCGCCGUCAUAAUACCGAUGAUACUAUUGAAUAUCUAGUACAAGAUAUGUCCGUCAAGUGGCCACUGAUCAGUAGUCCACGACUGCGGCAAUUGGCCGGCAAUGUUGACCUAAUAUUUUCUAACUUAGCACUUGAAUAUAUGGCCGACAAACGGCAAAUAGUCGAUACAUUUGGCCAGUUGUUGUCCGCGGGCGGCGUAUUUCACGCCAAUAUGGUUGUUAUGGAAGAUAUUAACAAACGAUUGGCCAGUUAUGGUCAACAACCGCGCAAAUGGUAUCAAUCGCGUGAAAAACAAUUAGACAAUUGGCGUCAAAGUCUACAAUCGGAUAAUCAGUUUCUGGUCAAACAGUUUGAGAUUAUUGAUAAUACCGAUGACUUUGAGUCGGAAAAAACUGAUCACUUAUGGGAUACGGCUUUCGAUGCGUUGGUCAACCCGACGGCCGACAAACCCAACCCGAGGACGUGGCAGCAGUUUUUGGCCGAUCCGACCGUUACGGAAGUCAAUCGUUACCAUCAAUUGCUGAGAAUAACAGCUAUUAAACAAUAA